ACUAAUCAAGUGCUGUAUAAUGUUGGAUUGAUUUUAUGAUCCUAAAAUAGUGAUGCGAGAGAGUAUAUACUACUAUAUAGUCAAAUUAAAUAAAGGAGUACGAGCAAAUAAAUAAAUAGAUAUAAUUUAUGAUAAAAUUUUCGAGCAAUUUAAAGGGGGAAUAACUGAUGGCUCCACACUUCCAAAAUGAGUUAUCUAAAUCUAACAAGUUAAAAAAAGACUGCUAGUGUUAUUGAGAAAGAGGCUCUCCUCUCUUUCCUCCCUACCGUCUUGUUUUUUACACAAUUUCUUCAUUUAGAUUUUCUCUUUGCUGUAUAUAACUAAGCAGAUUUCCACUUGAAAUCCAUUUUCACAAUCGUUAACCUUUCUAUCUCCAGCAGAAAUUUGGAAAAAAAAGAAAAAAAGAAAAAUAACUCUAGGAAAAGCAACCAUUCCAUGGAAGCAUUCAACCAUAGACUUGUCAUAUUCUUAUUUGCUUCGGCCAUUCUGAUUAAGGCCCUCGAAGCGAAUAUUGCUGUGUUUGACGAGGUAUGGCAGAAACGAGCCGAGGAAGCCAAGAAGGCGGCGAAUGAGGCCUACAAUCCUGACCCUGAAAAUGUUGCUAAGGAUUUUAAUCGUCGGAUCCAUGAGGAUAGUGAAACCAACAGUACAAGAAGGAAUUUGCGGAAAGCACGCAAGGGUGGUCCUUGCCUAGCCACGAAUCCAAUCGAUCGGUGCUGGAGGUGCAGAACGGACUGGGCCACCGAUCGCAAGAGGCUAGCUGGUUGCGCUCUUGGCUUUGGCCGGAGAACCACCGGUGGUAAGGAUGGGAAGCUCUAUGUUGUGACCAAUCCAUCGGACAGUGACACGGUUAACCCUCAACCGGGGACCCUGCGCUACGCGGUGAUCCAGCCCUACCCCCUUUGGAUAAUCUUUGCCCAUGACAUGGUCAUUCGGCUUAGUCAAGAGCUGAUGAUGACAGACAACAAGACAAUAGAUGCUCGUGGUGCCAACGUGCGAAUAUGCAAUGGUGCCCAGAUUACCAUUCAAUUCGUGAAGAAUGUGAUCAUCCAUGGCCUCCACAUCCAUGACAUUCAACCGGGCAAUGGUGGUAUGAUCAGGGAUUCAGUGGAUCACUUUGGGUAUCGAACGAGAAGCGAUGGCGAUGGUAUCUCAAUAUACGGAUCGACGAAUAUCUGGAUUGACCAUCUGUCCAUGUCGAAAUGCUAUGAUGGCUUGAUCGAUGCAAUACAGGCAUCUACUGCCAUUACCAUCUCCAACUGCCACUUUACAAAUCAUAACGAGGUGAUGUUAUUCGGGGGCAGUGAUAGCUACUCGGGGGACGAAAAGAUGCAGAUAACAGUGGCUUUCAACCACUUCGGACGGGGAUUAACACAGAGGAUGCCGAGGUGCCGAUGGGGUUUCAUUCAUGUUGUCAACAACGACUACACUCAUUGGCUCAUGUACGCCAUCGGAGGGAGCCAACAUCCCACCAUCAUCAGUCAGGGCAAUCGCUUCAUUGCUCCUCAUAAUCCUGCCUGUAAAGAGGUGACUAAGAGGGAUUACGCACCAGAGAGCGUGUGGAAGUCGUGGAACUGGAGGUCCGAGGGCGACUUGUUGUUGAACGGAGCCUUCUUUGUUCAGUCUGGGAGUCCAUUUACUACAAGGAUGAACAAAAAAGAUGUGAUCAAAGCAAAGCCGGGAACAUUCGUAACCCGACUCACUCGCUUCGCUGGCUCACUUGAUUGUGUACCAAAUAAGCCAUGCUAACUAAUCUAUAAGCACGUACAUAUGUCGUACUACGGCCACUGUAUAUAAAGCAGAAACGGUGAUCCCCUGUCCGAGACAGAGAGGCUUCAAGAGAUAGCUAAUUCUAUCCAUUUAAUAAUUAGUUUCACAUCUUUGAGGCAGCAAAAGGUUGUAAAUUGCUUUUGACCUCUGCUAGCUAAUUGAGAUUGUAACUCCAUGUAGGAUCUUUUUUCGGGUGAAAUGUUCCAUGUGGGAUUUUUCUUCAGCUAUAAGAUGCCCGAACUUGUUGGCUGAUAUUCGGUUUUGAAUUAUAUCCUCAACUAAAAUUCGAGAUGAGCUUUAUUUUUUCGGAUAAGCCAGAGAA